CUCUUCAUAUGUAAACGGAAGUUGCCUCAGUCGCGGAGUUUGUUGUGGAGAAUCGGAAGGUUCCGGGUUUUUUUUCUACUGCGCCUCUGCUCGUAUUCCUCUUGGCUGCUUCUGUUUCGGUAGAGGUUUCCAAUGGCGAUGAAUUAUAAUGCGAAGGAGGAAGAUGGACAUCCCACGUCAGGCGUGGGUCCUACUUUAGGGAAGAGCAAAAAGCCCGAUAAUACGGCCUUCAAACAGCAGCGCCUCCCUGCCUGGCAACCCAUUCUCACAGCUGGCACCGUCCUACCAGCUUUCUUCAUCAUCGGGACCUUGUUUAUUCCCAUCGGGAUAGGCAUAUUUGUCACCUCCAAUAAUAUUCGCGAAUUCGAGAUUGACUACACUGGAAUAGAUCCUAGCAGUCCAUGCUACAAGUGCUCAAAUGUCACCUUGAAUGGCCCGUCAUGUAACUGCACUAUCAAUUUUACUUUGGACUAUGCAUUUGAGAGCAAUGUUUUUAUGUAUUAUGGACUGUCAAACUUCUAUCAGAAUCAUCGCCGUUAUGUCAAAUCUAGAGAUGAUAGUCAACUAAAUGGAGACAAAAGUUCUCUUACAAACCCAAGUAAGGAGUGUGAGCCGUACCGAAUAAAUGGAAGUAAACCUAUUGCUCCGUGUGGUGCCAUUGCCAACAGUAUGUUUAGUGACAAACUCAGUUUGUUUCAAAUUGUAAAUGGUGUGGAAAAAAAGAUCCAACUCACCAAAAAAGGCAUUGCUUGGUGGACAGAUAAAAAUGUGAAAUUCAAAAAUCCAACUGGAAAUACAAGUAACCUAGAAGCCAUUUUCUCGGGUACAACAAAGCCCAUUAACUGGAAAAAGCCAGUUUAUGAGCUAGAUCCAAGUGAUCUUGAAAACAAUGGAUUCAUUAAUGAAGAUUUUAUUGUAUGGAUGCGUACUGCUGCUUUGCCUACAUUCAGAAAGCUUUAUCGUUUAAUAGAGAAGACAGAUGCUACAUAUCCAGCUCUGGAACCAGGCAAUUACUCUCUUCAUAUUGAAUACAAUUACCCUGUUCUCAGCUUUGACGGAAGAAAGAGGAUGAUUCUCAGCACCAUCUCUUGGAUGGGAGGAAAAAAUCCAUUCUUGGGAAUUGCUUACAUUACCGUGGGCUCAAUAUGCUUUUUUCUUGGAGUUGUACUGUUUAUUAUACAUCACAAAUAUGGAAACCGUAACAAUAGCGCUGAUAUUCCCAAUUAACUGUCGGUACAGUUCUACUUGCAUGUAUAUCUGGGCAAAUUCCACACUGCACAAAACCUGUAUGCUAUUUUCCAGCUGUAGUAUUUUUAAUGAGUGGGCACACAUUUUAAGUCCUUUUUAUUUGUUGUAACCUGGAAAAACUAGUAAAGUAUUGACAAAGUAUGAAAUAUCAGAACUAAACUUGUGCUUUGUUUCAAAUACAUAUUCGUUAUUUUGUUCUGUUUACUAUAUAUGGAUUUGCCAGACAGUAUACAUGUAUAGUGUACAGGUAUGGGAUCCGUUAUCCGGAAACCCAUUAUCCAGAAAGCUCAGAAUUACGGAAAGGCCGUCUCCCAUAGACUCCUUUUUAUCCAAAUUUUUAAAAAUGAUUUCCUUUUUCUCUGUAAUAAUAAAACAGUAGCUUGUACUUGAUCCAAACUAAGAAAUAAUUAAUCCUUAUUGGAAGCAAAACCAGUCUAAUGGGUUUAUUUAAUGUUCACAUGAUUUUCUAGUAGACUUAAGAUCCACAUCACAGAAAGAUCCAUUAUCUGUAAAACCCCAGGUUCCGAGCAUUCUGGAUAACCGGUCCUAUACCUGUAUUAGCUGGGUUUUUUUUAAUUAAAAAAAACAAAAACCUAAAAUGUUUCCCCCCCCCUCUGAUAUCCCCUUUAUGACCUAAAUAUGUAUAUACAUUAGUGUUUUUUAUGGAUACAGUGUGCUUGUAAAAUAAUUCAAAAUCAGCUAGGGAUAAAUAUUUGAAAAGGAGAUUUCCACAGCUGCCUACUCUCACUUAGUGUUUAGGAUUAAAUAAACCCCCAUGCCGUCAUUGUUUAAUUUUACUGUGCUAUGUAAUUUCAUAAACUUGAGAGAAUUUUUCUUUAACACUGAAAGACUGUUACAGUGAUACCCACUCCCAUAUGCACACUGGUUACAGAUGGAAAACAUGUCCGUCUAAACUAAUAGACUCCAUUAUCACAGCAUCAGAUCAUACAAUACUUGAUUGCUUCCAUGGCAACCUCCCCAGAAGGAAACUGUCAGAUCUCCUAUACUUUGCCCAGAUAGCAUGUUGAAUGAUUAUUUCUAUUGGUUCUGGUUUCCAUAGCUAAUUUUUGAUUCAUUAUGUCCAGAAUGUAAAUUAUUGCUUGUGUAAAUUAUUGAGAGUUUAUAUAAAGAGAAAAUGUUUAAGUGUAGGCAUAGAAAAAGAUGGAAAAGUGUGUAAUAUUGCUUGUUGAUCUAACUGGUCUCUUGGUUAAUUACCAGUACUAUGCAAACCAAAUUAGUUCUGUUGACAGGUAAUUCAUUUUAUUUUGGCAAAGUAAGAUAUUUAGACUAACAAAUGUAACAUAUCACUUUAUCUUGCAGGGGUUCUUUUUGCUUAUAUCCCCACAUUCUUUAGUUUGCACUAAACACUGUCCUGCCUUGUUAAAACAGUAUAGAUGUAGAUUUUGUUUUCAUAAUUAAUGCAGAAUCCUGUAAGAUGCUCCAGACUGCUAGUGGUUCUUGUUCUGCACUAGAAGACAAGAAUUUCUGUUUCGAUAACCUGGAAAUUCAGCUCUUAAAGGGGUUGUUCACCCUUGAGUUAACUUUUAGUAUGAUGUAGAGAGUGAUAUUCGGAGACAAUUUGCCAUUGGUUUUCAUUUUUUAUUAUUUGUUGUUUUUUGAGUUAUUUAGCUUUUUAUUCAGUAGUUUUCCAGUUUGCCGUUUCAGUAAUCUGGUUGCUAGGGUCCAAAUGACCCUAGCAACCAUGCAUUUAUCUCAAUAAGAGACUGGAAUAUGAAUAGGAGAGGCCUGAUUGGAAAGAUGAAUAAUUAAAAGUAGCAAUAGCAAUCAUUUGUAGCCUUACAGAGCAUUUGUUUUUUUUAGAUGGGGUCAUUUGAAAGCUGGAAACAGUCAGAAGAAGAAGGCAAAUAAUGCAAAAACUAUAAAAAAAAAUAAACAUUGAAGACCAAGUGGCUUAGAAUUGGCCAAUCUAUAACAUACUAAAAGUUAACUGAAUGGUGAACCACCCCUGUAAAGUUUCAUGGAGCAGCUUUUUUUUGCUACCCCUGGUAACUCUAUGUGCACUGCUGCUUGAGGUGAGUUUCUCAGGUCGCCUCAUUGGCUCAAUGUCCCUGACAUUGUCCCAAGCCAUGAGCCUGGUAUCCCUUACUCAAUUGUUUCUAGUGAGAUUAAUGGAGAUUUUAUGUGUAUACAUUAGUCAUAUGUGGGCUGACCCAAAACCCGCAGGGACCUGCCAGUUUACUGUAGGUUGGGCAGGGUUGGGUAGUAGUGUAUAGAGAGACGACCUGGGUCCUUCAAUAUUUAGCGGGUUUGAAUUUGGUGCAGGUUAAAGGUUUUGUGGGUUGACCCGCACAUCAUUAGUAUACAUAUAUGCUCCUGACAUUUUUCUUGGAAACCCCCCCCUCAUCCAGUUUCUAGCCUUAUAAGAACUUUAUCCACCUCAAUAUUGCCAUUCAUGUAAUUAAAACCAAGCAGUGGAACAUUCAAACAUGCUAUGAAAACAGUUAUGCUAACUUCUUUAUAAAAAAUAUGUGUUUUGAAUCAUUAGAAUAGCUUAUUGUUUCUGAAGUGAAGCCUGAUGGCAUUACAUAAAUGGCUCUUGUGCCGGCAUGAGAUUGGGAAUUACUAAUGUAUGUAUAUAUAGUAUUGUUUCUGCCACAGCACGUUUAAACAGGUAGUUUAACUUGUAUAUUAUGUACUUGGUCCUGGGUCUUCUAUAAAUAGUUAAAAACAAUGAUGUGAAUAUUUUGUGGAGUUAAAUAUCUGAUUUGUCUCAAAGGAAUUGUUCAUUAUAAAAACUGGGUAAAUAGGCUGUGCAAAAUAAAUGUUUCUAAUAUAAUUAGUAGCUAAAUGUAAUGUAUAAAGGCUGGAGUGACUGGAUGUCUAACAUAAUAGCCAGAACACUACUUCCUGCUUUCAGCUCUUUUGGUUUCUACUGAUUGGUUACCAGUGACUUGAGGGGGUCACAACUGUUUGCUUUUGAAUCUGACCUGCAUUCUGUGGACCAAUUGCAAACUCACUGAACUGUUUUGUCCCAUGUGGUCCCCUUAAAAUGACUGACUAACUCUGAGAUAGAGCGCUAUUUUUUGCUAACUAUGUUAGAAACAUAUUUUUAUUUUUAACAGCCUAUUUAAUUACCCAGUUUUUAUUUUUACACUGAACUGUUCCUUUAAAGGGGUUAUUCACCUUUAAAUUAACUUUUCGUGUGAUUUAGAGAGUGAUGUUCUGAGACCAUUUGCAAUUGGUUUUCAUUUUUUAUUAUUUAUGGUUUUUGAGUUAUUUAACUUUUUAUGCAGCAGCUCUCCAGUUUGCAAUUCCAGCAAUGUGGUUGCUAUGGUCCAAAUUACACUAGCAACCAUGUAUUGAUUGCCAUACAAAGCUGGAAUAUGAAUAGCAGAGGGCCUGAAUAGAAAGAUGAGUAAUAAAAAGUAGCAACAACAAUACAUUUUCAGACAUUUUUAGAUGGGGUCAGUGACCCCCAUUUGAAAGCAGGAAAGAAUCCGAAGAAAAAGGUAAACUAUUAAAAAACUAUAAAAAAUAAAUAAUGAAGACCAAUUGAAACGUUGCUUAGAAGUGGCCAUUCAAAGUUGACUUAAAGGUGAACCACCCCUUUAACUUUAUUUUAACGUUUUAAUAUUAAAGGAGAAGUUCACCCAAAAUAAACUUUACCGACACAUUAUGUUCCAAAAACGAUAUUAAGGACUAGAGCACUGUAAAUAUUUCCUACAACAGGAGAGCAGCCAGUAUCCACCAAUUGCAUCCUUGUAGAUAAUUUAAUACACUGGAAGAAAUGUUCCUUUUAAUAAUGUUGCUCUUCAGUUUGACAUUUAAAUAGCUAUGUUUGCUAGGGUCACUGAACAUAGCAACCACGUCUUAAAGGAACAGUAACCCCAAAAAUGAAAGUGUUUUAAAGGUAUGACAAUAUAAUGUAUUGUUGCCCUACAACUGGUAAAACUGGUGUGUUUGCUUCAAAAACUGUACUGUAGUUUAUAUACAGGAGCUGCUGUGUAGCCAUAGGGACAGUCAUACAAGCACAGGAUAUACAGUAGAUACAGAUAAGUUCUGAAUCCCAUUGUAUACUACAGAGCUUAUCUGUUAUCUGCUGUGUAUCCUGUGCCUUUUCUCAUUUUUAGCUUUGGAUGUCCCCCCCAUGGCUAUACAGCAGUUGGUUUAUAUAAACUAUAGUAGUGUUUCUAAAGCAAACACACCAGCUUUACCAGUUCAGCAGAACAGUACAUAAUAUUUUCAUUACAUUUUUAUUUUUUGGUGUUACUGUUCUUUUUACAAUGUGUAUCUGAACAUCAGUGUGUCCAAAUUGAUUUUAAGAUGAACUUCACCUUAAACUUUAUUUUUUCCUCCUAACAUUCCUUUCUACCUCUGGAUUAUUUGUAGGCGUUGACCAUAUUUAUCCCAAGUUACUUCAGUACCUUCUAAAAAAACUUUUUUUUUAAAAAUUUAACAAAAACAUUUAUUGCAUUCACUUAAACCGAAUCAUUUGGUUAGAGAUCGACUUACACAUUAUGCCAAGUUGGGGUCGACAAAAAAAACAUUCCCACUGACCAGAAUGUGUUUUGUUGUUAGCCUAAACACUAUUAUUGAUUGCAAGAAUUACUUUUGGCAUUACAUUUAUCAAUGCUGUAUGAGGUAGAGAAAGGAAAUUGUUCAGGCUCAAUUGUUUGCAGUCUAAUAGAUGUAAUGGAGGGGUAGUGAGGUCUUUGUUGCCACUGUUAAAAAAUGUCUGUGUUUAGCUUAUUAUUGUCCCAUUAUUUUUGUUUUUUGCCUGUCAAUAAAAACUUAUUGAAAGUG